AUGUGUGGCGCAGAUUCAGAUGAAACAAAGAAUUGUAAUGAAAUAAUAGAAUUAACUAAAGAAGAAUUAAUUAAAUUAUAUGGUAGAUGUGAAAGAUGUUAUCAACCAUUUGAUUCCGAAAAGAAAUGGUGCAAUGACUGUCAUACCAAAUUAUUUUUGGAAGAGAGUAAAAUUAUCGGAUAUAAGAAAAGAUUGGAUAAACUAUCAGAGGAAGAGAGGAAUAGAUUUAAAUAUGAUGGGAUAUGUCCUAAUUGCAAACAAAUGAAUACCGGUAAAGCUUGGUGCAACAAGUGUGAUCCCGGUAAAUUUUUAAAGGAAGGGAAAACGAGUGGUAAUCCUCAGAUGGAUCAAUUAAUUUAUAAAUCACAACUUAAAACCGAACAUUAUUAUUAUAAUUUAGAUUGGGUACCUUAUCACAGAUUUCAAGAUAUUAAAUUGAUAGGAGAAGGCGGUUUUUCCAAAAUAUACUCUGCUACGUGGAUUGACGGCAUUCCAAAAUUUGAUAGAUUGAAACGACGUUCCGAACCUAAAGUAGUUAUACUAAAGAAAAUCAAGGAUUCCAAAAAUAUGACAAAAAUAUUUAUUAAUGAGAUAAAUAUCCAUCAUCACUGUAAGAUAUCAUCUUUUUCGGAUUUAAUCCAAUUUUAUGGUGUAACAAGUGAUCCGAAAACUUCAGAAUAUAUGAUGAUUUUAGAAUACGCGAGAGAGGGAAAUUUAAGAGAUUAUCUUCGUACAAAUUUUUCUUUAAAAUGGAAAGAAAGAAUGAGUAUUUUAAGGAAGAUUGCACAAAACCUUUCCAAGAUACAUGAAUUAAAAUAUAUACACAGGGAUUUGCAUAGUGGAAAUAUACUUCAAAUGAAAUAUAUAAAUGAAUUUACAAAAAUAACGGAUCUAGGACUUGCGCAAUCAAUAAAUAAUUCAAAAUUUGAUGGUUGCUCAAACGUUUGCGGGGUGCUUCCUUAUAUAGCACCUGAAAUAUAUAAUGGGAAUCCGUACACCUUUGCAAGUGAUAUUUAUAGUUUGGGUAUUAUUAUGAUAGAAAUAUCAACAGGAAAACCACCUUACGGAAAUGUGCCACAUAACGAAGACCUUGUAUUAGCAAUCUGUAAUGGUUUGAGACCGAGGGUUGCCAUUGGAACACCAAAAUGUUACAUCGAUUUAGUGAACAAAUGUCUUGAUGUUGAUUUCAAACAAAGACCAUCUAUUACGGAAUUGCAUGAGGUCAUUGAUGAUUGGGAAACGUUAUUAAAUUCAAGGUUAUAUAAAUACAAAUCAGAAAUUGGUAGAGACUUUUAUAAUGCUGAUAGGAUUCAUCAUUCAGAUUCGUCUUCUAAUGCCUCGUUACAUUCUGAAGCAAUUUAUACCAGCCGUCAAUUUAGUUUUUUCAAUCUUCCCAAGCCAAGAAAUUCUAUAGGAGUUCAAAUUGAAAAUCCUGAAGGUAUUAACUAA